GUGAGACCGGGUGCAGGUGUGUGUGUGUGUGUGUGUGUGUGUGAUGAGGAUGGCGUGUCUUUCUUUGGAGGCGCGUAAAUGAGAGCGCGCGGCGCGUGCGCACGGGUUCCUGGGCGCGCUCCCGCUGUCCGCGGUGCUGAAGGCAGGCGCGCGGCAGGUUGAGUGUGAGAGGAGCGGCGGCGCGCGGCGGGCGGACCCGCGGGUUUAGAGCUGCACUGUGAAGGAGGAUGGAAACACGCCGGCCCGCUGAACUCCAGGGACAGGGAAACUUAAAGGACGAGUCUGAGGCCGAGAGAGGAGAACAUAUGAAUAUGAGAUUUAACUGAAAUCUGAUUCUGAAAUAACGAGCCGGACCAACAGUGUGGAGAUGGAGACGGUGAAAGAGAAGGUGCUCGGCCCCGGGAAGGCGGGACUGAAGAAUCUCGCGGGUAAAACCUUGGGCCACAUGCACAGGCUUAUGGAAAAGAAGCAGAAAGGAGGAGAGGAGCUGGAGCUGACGGAGGACGGUCGGCCCGCGGAGGUGAAGAAGAAGCGCGCGCCACCCAUAGACUGCACGUGCUUCGGUAUCCCGCGCCGAUACACCAUAGCCAUCAUGAGCGGCCUGGGCUUCUGUAUAUCAUUCGGUAUCCGCUGUAACCUGGGAGUGGCUAUAGUGGACAUGGUCAAUAACAGUACGAUCCAUAAGGACGGGAAAAUCAUCAUCAAAGAGAAAGCGAAGUUUAACUGGGAUCCGGAGACGGUGGGAAUGAUUCACGGCUCUUUCUUUUGGGGCUACAUCGUUACUCAGAUCCCGGGAGGAUACAUCUCCUCCAGACUGGCGGCCAACAGGGUGUUUGGUGCAGCCAUCCUGCUGACGUCAACACUCAACAUGUUCAUCCCGUCAGCUGCGCGCGUGCACUACGGUUGCGUCAUCUUUGUCAGGAUUUUACAGGGGCUCGUGGAGGGUGUGACCUAUCCAGCAUGCCACGGUAUCUGGAGCAAGUGGGCUCCACCCUUAGAGCGAAGUCGUUUGGCCACCACAUCUUUCUGUGGUUCGUACGCUGGCGCUGUAGUGGCCAUGCCUCUGGCUGGAGUACUGGUGCAGUAUUCAGGCUGGUCCUCUGUCUUCUAUAUUUAUGGAAGCUUUGGUAUUGUCUGGUACAUGUUCUGGAUCCUGGUGUCUUAUGAGAGCCCAGCAGACCACCCCACUAUUACAGAUGAGGAGCGACUCUACAUAGAGGAGAGCAUCGGAGAAGGAGCUAAUCUGCUUGGAGCAACAGAGAAAUUCAAGACACCCUGGAGGAAGUUCUUCACCUCCAUGCCUGUCUAUGCAAUCAUCGUGGCCAACUUCUGCAGGAGUUGGACUUUCUACCUCCUGCUCAUUAGCCAGCCUGCAUACUUCGAGGAGGUGUUUGGAUUUGAGAUCAGUAAAGUUGGCGCUGUGUCAGCUCUGCCUCACCUGGUUAUGACCAUUAUAGUGCCCAUAGGUGGCCAACUUGCUGAUUAUCUGCGCAGCAACAACAUCCUGUCCACAACUACUGUACGAAAGAUUAUGAAUUGCGGAGGUUUUGGAAUGGAGGCCACACUGCUACUGGUUGUUGGUUUCUCCCACAGUAAAGGUGUAGCCAUCUCAUUCCUGGUGCUGGCUGUGGGUUUCAGCGGAUUUGCAAUAUCAGGGUUUAAUGUGAAUCAUCUUGACAUUGCACCAAGAUAUGCCAGUAUACUGAUGGGAAUUUCCAAUGGUGUUGGUACUUUGUCUGGAAUGGUCUGCCCUCUUAUAGUGGGUGCAAUGACCAAAAACAAGACUCGGGAAGAGUGGCAGAACGUGUUCCUGAUCGCGUCCCUGGUGCAUUACGGAGGUGUGGUGUUCUACGGCAUCUUUGCCUCCGGUGAGAAGCAGCCGUGGGCCGACCCUGAGGAAACCAGUGAUGAGAAGUGCGGCUUCAUUGAUGAAGACGAGCUCGCAGAGGAAACCGGUGACAUCACACUCAGCCAUGCUCCCCUGGGAGCCCAAGGAGCCUUUGGUGGGCCCCCGAAAACAUACGGAGCCACAACUCAGCUAAACGGGGGAUGGGCGACGGGAUGGGAGAAAACAGACCAGUACAUUCAGGAGGGGGCUGAGCAGACCUACCCUCAUGGUAGUGAUGAAUACUCAUAGAACACAGGUUAUGUUUACAGGUGGAAGAUCACUGCAGAAUAGAGGAGCUGUAGAAACAUAAAAGAAUGAGAUGGCUGUGGUGACGGAUCUGAAAAUAUAUCUGCUUAUAGUCUGCAGGGAUGUGGGAAGCACAGUUAACUAUGGGUGGGCUUCUCCAGACAAAUUCAGAACAGAUUAGCAAGAAGAAUGAGAUAUAUAUAUAUAUAAACAUAUGGAGUAUAUAGAGUUUGAAAAGCAUUUAUGAAGAAAUUAAGUAAUAAUUUAAAUGUACUUUAAAAAGUAUUUAAUAAUAAAAAAUGUUCAAUCGCUUGGAAAUUAGCACAAAGCUAAAAGAAACAGCAAAAUAAAGCAUUUUCUUAGAAAUGUUUAUGAUGAUUGUCAUAAACUGUUCAGUGAAAGAUCUAUGGUUUUACGAUAAAGGAUGUACUAUUUAACAUUUUGUAACAAAAAUGAAGAUAUUAUAGUGAUGAACUGAUAAACUAUUCAAAGAAAGUAUUGUAUAAUAAUGUAGAAAUCUCACUAAAACAAGCAAGUUUUAGAUGUUAGAUCAUAGUUCUAAAAUGCACACCAGUAUUUUGAAUGCUGUUAUACCUACAUUUUUAAAGGAAGGUGCGAUAUACUAAUAUAGCAAUAUGUAUUUUUGAAUCUUACAAAAUGUUACAUAGUAUGACUAUGAGAACAAUAUCUAUAUAGAACUCAUAUUUACUGUUUAUUCAAUCUCGCACUGGUCUCGUCUGCUUCGUUAGUAAGUUUUAGUUCUUUUAUUUGGUUAGUACAAUUUUGCUGUUGUUGCUAAUAGAACAGAAUCGUACAGAGCUGAGUUUUACUUGUUUUACUUGUUGACACUAAGCUUGUGCUUUUCGCCAUCUUAGGACUGUCAGAUGAAUUGAUGUUACAUAAACUAGACAACAUUAUGUCAUCUAGAUAUAUUAUUCAAGCAUAUAAUACCUUAAGAAUAAAGCACUGUGUAUCAGUAUAAAGUAAUACGGUACACUAUAUCCUGGUCCACUUUUUUUGGGACCUAAUCUUUAAAGGGAAGGAAAGGUGUAAAGUUUAAUGUUUAUAAAGUGAAUGUAAAAAUAAGAAAUUCCAGAAAGAACAUGUGGUAUGACAGCACAACCGUUCGGAAGAUGUUGAUAUACCUGAAUGUCUGUAGAUGAAACGAGAUGCUACAUAAUGGAGGAGCUGCAAAUGUUUAAACGAAUGACAAUUCUUCUGCUUAUAUUUUUGGCACAAAACUAGCUAAUUCUGCAGCACUGAGUCAUUUACAAAAUAUGUGUGAAAUAUAAGGACAGGUGUGUAAUUAUCACACCUGUGUUGCCUUCCCACUACAGUCCUCCUGAGCCAGUCUUUUGCAAGACGCUUAUUCUGACCAUCCUAAACAGCUGUUUUGCCAACUUCUAAAACAUUUUGAAUGCACUAACAAAGUGAUUUCAUUCCUUGUGCGUGUGUGUGUGUGUUUAUAUAGACCUGCUGUUUCUGUGAGGCUGUGGUGAAGUUGGGUUGGUGAUCUGUAUGCUUAUUGUUAAACACAGGCCAUAAGUGUCAUCGACGGCGCCAUAUCCGGGAGCUGUCCAAUUCUGAAGUGUACUGACAUGUCAAACAGAGCAUGCUAUGUGUUGUCGAAUGCGAAUGUGUGGAAAAACCUUCUGAAGCUUUCAUCAGAAUCAAUUUGUAACUGUAAUGUUUUCAAUUCUCGUCAUUCAAGGUUGGUUUAAUAUGUUUGACUUUCUUACAACGAUGGGCUUUUAGUCGAAGAUGUUUACUUGAUAUGCUACCCAGCACAAGUCUGAGAUAAAAAAAUACAAUCCUUGUUAACUGGAAAAAUGCACUGCAAUAACUUUAUGGUAAAGGUAACUGUCAUAGCACAUUUAGUAUAGUGUGAUUCUUACUCAGUCUUGCUUGUUAUUCUCAGAGUGAUGUGAAGGAGUUUAAAUCAAUAUGGGAAUAUAAAGGAGAGGCUUAAAUCCAGCGUUUUAACUUCAGGGGACGGAUCCUGCAGCAGUCUGUGGGAAUAUGUUGCAGUUUUCGGAACAAGAGCCAUGGUUUCUUUCUCUCUAUAAACAGGCUAGUUGGUCCAUUUGUGCAGCACUAUGAUGAAAGAUCCAAAUUCUCUGUAUCCUGCAUUGCUUUGGAUCAAAUAUGAUACGGAACAUUUUUUGCAGUUACUAUACAAAUACAAAGCAUCAAUAUAAUAUAUGCGUAAAAUAUUUCAGUAAAGAUAUUAAGAAUAUAUACACAGAUACAAAAACCUAUUCCUGCCCGGUUUCUCACCGGAAAAUGAAGUGUAAAUGUGAUUAUCUUCUAUUGUUGUGUCAAAGAGUGAUCUAUUGAUGUCAAAAAAGUGUUAUACUGUACUGUAUACUUGCGCUUUAUCAUUUUAUAUAAAAAAAACAAGACUAAACAAGACAAAUAUGUCCCUUCCUUUAAUUUUCAAGACUUUAAGAUGGACCAAAUAUAUGAACACAUUUUCUACCUGUGUUGCUAUUCUUUACAGAAUGUAUUGGCAAUUUUUUUUGCAUGAUUUAAUCAUUAAAAUUUCAUGGUUCUGA